AUGUCCUUAGUGUCAGAGAGCUCGGGGCGACGUUCUUCGUCACAUCGUAACUUACGAAUGAUUCGAAAUUUAUCGCGUGCAUGUGCUGGUUCACUGGAUGUUGGUACCUCCUUCAUUCCCAAUUUUUCGGCUGCUGCAAGUGAGGGCAUGAAACUGACGGCCGAUGAUGAUAACUGGGCAGAAAAUACCACGGUCAUAACUGGCACUACGAGUGAACACUCAUAUAACGGUCUUGCUGAAAGAGCACUUGUGGCUCCUGUUGGACGUGUUGUUGCCAGGAGAUGUUCUCGGAUAUUUUGGCUUUUCAGUGCUUCGAUUAUUUCAUUUAUAGCUGUUAUUUCUCCUUCUCUUAUGGUUGCUUUACCAAUUAUUUUGUAUCAAAUUGGAUUCGGCUGGCCUGAGGUAUUGUGUGGUGCUGACUGCCAAGGUCUGAUGUUGAAUUUGGCAGUAAAAACAAUGCUAUUAUUAGGCGCACUUUGGGCCAUGUAUUUUCGUCAUGCUUCAGCGGAUAUGCCACGUCUUUUUUUUCAUCGUGCUGCAUUGGCAUUCUUAGCUUUAUUUAUUCUUUUUGCCUUCUGGUUGUUCUAUUCUGUCCGUAUAUUAUUCGAGAAAGAAAGCAGUUGUAAUGUGAUUAUCGGUUUUGCUCUUUCAUUGCUCGAUGCAAUGCUUUAUUUACACUACAUUACGGUCAUUGUUUUGGAACUGCGAGCAUUGAGGCCGGAGUUCAUUGUCAGUGUUGUAAGAGAUCCAGAUGGAGAAAGUCGAACUUUUAGCCUUGGUCUAAUGAGUAUCCAAGAAGCUGCUGUCCAUGUUCUCAGGAUGUAUUAUUCUACUUUCCCGUCUUACAAUCCCUAUAUGGAUAAAUCGUUCAACGGAGGUUCAAUGCAUUUUCGGUCUGGUGUGUCACAACCAGCUGGAGGUUUCAAGAUGUAUGAUAUCGAAGGUUUGGGUAACGAAUGCACUAUAACAGAGGUUAACGCUCGCGCAAUUAUGGAGGCUGCUGCGAAAAGGCGAGUUGGUGGGCACAAUGAACGUUACCAUGAAAUAAUAGAGUGGGAACGACGAGUUCAAAAACGAAAAUAUCGCUUGAUUAGUACUACUGAAGAGGCGUUUGCAAGUGUUCAAAGCGUGACGGCCAACAAUCAAAAUAAGAUUUUUGGAGAGCCUAUGGAAGCACUUGGGGCAGCUCAAGCAGUGUUCUCUGCAAUUGCAAGGCCACUGAAUAAGUAUUUGAAACUUACUCGACAACAGCCUCGUCAUACAGCUGAUCAAGUUGUUGCUCAUCUUGCUCGUUGUCUCUCACUUCGUUUUACUGCUGCUACUUUUUUGCAGAGAUUCUUCUCUUCCAGAUUUCCUUUUCCAGAACAUGUGAGCGAAACAAAAUGGUCAAUUGUAUGCAAUGUGCAAGCAUCCGCCGGUAUUAGGCAUGGCACAGUGUUUGUAUUGCGUUGUCACGAACGUGAUGAUGAUGCUGGAGUACAGUUGCUUUGUUCACUUCAUUCAUUUCCUUUUUUUAAUCUAACCGAACAGCAAUCGUUGACAUCAAAAUUUGCCUUAAAAAUAACUCCGGAAUCAAAUGUUUAG